AUGGAGACCGCGGCGGCCAGCCCUGCCCCGGAGGCAGCCCGGCGUCCUGCGCCCGGAGCAGCGCAGCCUGCAGCCACAGACGCCCGACCUAGGCGGCCACAGAACAGGCCAUGGGAGAAGCCAGGAGCCAACUGGGAAAUGAGCAGAAGGAAGUGGGAAGGGUGCCUUCGCCAGCCACCUCGGCACCAGCAAGGCCUGGGUGCCCGGCUGGAAGCGAGCGGCCGGCCCCGGGCCGGAGCUGCGGCGCGCGUCGUCCGUGAGGGACCGGCCGCGGCUCCACAAGCUCUCGAUGCGAUCGGCCGCUUCCGCCUUCCGGCUCCGCCCCCGGCCACCUUCCCGCCGCUCCGGCUGCCCGGAGACAGAAGCCGACAGCCUCCUCGCGUGUAACCCUGGGCGCUUAACGGAAAGUCACCUCAGAAACGACCCUCCCAGUACCCGUCGGUCCCCGGGAGGCUGGUCCCGCUGUUCCAGAAGUUCCUGGGCGGGUCUGUAGCAUUUAGCGUGGUGUUUACUUCAUGUCCUCGUCUCCUUUGGGUGGACGAGCUCACAGACUAGUGCGGGGCACGAGCCUUCGCUCGAGUUCUCCGUUCUUGUUGGAUGGACAAAUGUUGGUGAAUUUGCGCGGCCUGGAACGCGGACAGGCGGGCUGUGGCCCAGUGCUUCCUCCCUCGGCUCUCGGCCGCUCUGGGACAAAGGCUUUCUGCCGCCCACGCCACACUAAGGGGAUACACAGGGCUCGGACUGCACUGUGACUUUCCCCAAAUCGAAGAAAAUGACCUUAUAGUGACUCAGAGAGGUCCAGAGAAAGGGUAACUGCACUCUAAUGUAAAUAUAAAUAUGUAUACCCACAGGGUUUCUAAGCUGUUCUUUUCUCCACACAUUAUGUGCACCUUCGUGGUUUGUUUCCAGGGGCCACUGUCUUGAACUUAUUUAAAGCUAAGUCCUUUCUUGCCCUAGGCACUAAGCAUUUGGUUGAUGUAAGGCUAAAAAUGGGUAAUAGUUAUCACUUAGGCAGUCUCCAGCUUAUAUAAGCCAUUAAAACAGCGUCAAAUGAAAGUUAUCCAUACUGUAAAACGACUAAAAUGUUAACACCCAUAGGAAUAAUUUUUAAAAAUUACUUCACCCAUAUAUACCCCUCAACUGUUAAGGGUUAAAUAAAAAGCAGUUAAGACUUAACAGUCCCUUCAGUGCUGCUUAACAGUGGAACUCAAGGUAACGGCCAACUAAUU